UGUUACACACUAUGGCUCAACGUGCUAUUCCAUCUGAUAUUCUCGACGAUUUAAGCAGUCGAUUUAUAAUAAACAUCCCAGAAGAAGAUCGGAAGGAUUUGGUGCGAAUCUGCUUCCAAAUAGAAUUAGCUCAUUGGUUCUACUUAGACUUUUACUGCGGGGAUGAGCCGAGCAAGCUGAAAUCAUGCAGUAUGAAGGAAUUCUCGGUGCAUCUCUUCCGGCACAUACCAUUUCUCAGAGCGCAUUUACCGCACUUGGACAUGAUACUCGAGCAAUGGCGAGAGUAUAAGCAGAGCGUGCCGACCUUCGGCGCUAUUGUACUAAACGAAGACAUGAGCAAAGUACUGCUUGUCCAGAACUACUGGUCAAAAAACAGCUGGGGCUUCCCUAAAGGUAAAGUCAAUGAAGAUGAAGACCCCUCGCACUGCGCUGCGCGUGAAGUGCUGGAGGAAACCGGAUUUGACAUCUCCAGCUUCAUUGACAAAAAUGAUUUCAUCGAGUCCAUAAUUAACGACCGGCUUGUUCGGUUGUAUAUGAUCUCCGGAGUCCAGAAAGAUACUAAGUUCCAGCCACUAACCAGGAAGGAGAUUAAGAAUGUUGAGUGGUUUGCGCUGAAUGAUUUGCCCAAUACCACCAAGGACAUGACGCCUAAAGUGAAGAUGGGUGUUGGACCUAACGCUUUUUUUAUGGUUGUACCAUUUGUUAGACGGAUGAAACGUUGGGUAUUUGAAAAGCAGCAACAUGAAAAGCAACUUUCCAAGCGUAACCGGCAUAAAUCACUCGGUGAUGUUGAAAGUACAAAUGCAAUUGAACUUAAAAAUCAACGUCAAUCAAAUACAUCUCCAGCACGCAAUCGUCGGCCAGGUAAUGUCAAAAGCGUAACCAAAAAUUCUCCAGGUGACUCAGAGGGUGCUGGUAGCAGUAAUAAGAACAAUUCAACUAAACAAGCAAUCAAACGUAAUUUGUUUGGUGACAGCAACAAGAUAAGAAAAUCAUCGACUGUUUUAGCUAAAGAACUGCGCGAUAGCCCUUGCGAAUUUCAUUAUUAUAAAGAAGAAAUUAAUAAGAAAGAAAAAGUUGAUUAUGAUAUUGAAAAUAUCGAGUCAUAUUUUACGCAUUUAAAGAAAAAUGAUGAAGAUGACGUUUUUGAGAACGUUGAUGAUGAUGAAUUUAGCUACAAACCAAGUGCUUGGACGCAAUUUAAAUUCGAUAAGCAGACAAUAUUAAGUUGUAUAAAUUAA